AUGUGCGUUAUGUCUCUGCUCUUAUGUUUAGUCUCAUCAUGCUUCCUUUUGUUGUACUUCUUCGUCACCGUGAAAACGAGAAGCAGUUCUCGCGGCAGUAGUCGAGCCACACUUCCACCGGGUCCUCCAAAGCUGCCAGUGGUUGGAAACAUAUUCCAAGUCGGAUACAGUCCUCACCGCUCGCUCACUGCUCUCUCGAAAAUCUAUGGACCAAUAAUGGGUCUAAAACUUGGAAGUUUAACUACCAUAGUCAUAUCUUCACCAGAGGCAGCAAAAGAGGCACUAAAGACGCGAGACCAUCAUUUAUCUGCCCGAACCUUUAACGAUCCGGUUCGAGUCUUUGACCACCAUGAAUAUUCUGUCGCAUGGGGUCCUCCCUCAGCUCGUUGGAGGUUGCUAAGGAAAAUAACAACAAUGCAUUUGCUAUCAACGCAACGCCUAAACGCAAUGGAGCCUCUAAGGACGAAGAAAGUGGAGGAACUCAUGAGUUUCAUUAACAAAUGUUGUGAGAGAGAAGAAGCUGUUGACAUAGCUCGUGCUUUUUUCGUCACAGCUCUCAAUAUCAUCUCAAAUGCUUUGUUUUCCACUGAUUUCGCGACCCAUGAUUCCAAGUCAUCUCACGAGUACCACAACACGGUGAUUAGCUUGAUGAACGUCACGGGAAAACCCAACGUUGGAGAUUACUUCCCGUUUCUUAGAUUUCUUGAUCUACAAGGCACCCGUAAAGAAGCAACGCUUUGCACACAGAGAUUAUUCAAGGUUUUUCAAGACUUCAUCAAUGCUCGGAUGGCCAAGAGAUCAUCUCAGACAGAGCGUAAAGAUGUUUCUAGCUUCGAUAUGUUAGAUACCCUUCUGGAUCUUACACAGGAAAACAAAGCAGAACUGAGCUUAAAUGAUAUCAAACACUUUCUUCAAGACUUGUUUACAGCGGGCACAGACACAAACUCUAGUACAAUGGAAUGGGUAAUGUCAGAGUUAAUCCGUAACCCAGAGAAAAUGGUCAAAGCUCAGAGUGAGAUACGGCAGGUGAUUGGUGAAAACGGUGUCGUUCAAGAAUCUGAUAUCCCCAGGCUUCCUUACUUGCAAGCAAUUGUGAAAGAGACUCUUCGUUUGCAUCCAGCAGCUCCUUUGAUCCCUCGAAAAUCAGAAUCAGAUGUCCACAUCUUUGGUUUCCUCAUUCCUAAAAACGCCUCGGUUUUGGUGAACGUCUUGGCGAUAGGACGAGACUCGAGUGUAUGGGAGAAUCCGACGAGGUUUGAACCAGAAAGGUUCUUGUUACGAGAAAUCGAUGUGAAGGGCAAAGAUUUCGAGCUGAUACCUUUUGGAGUGGGACGAAGAAUGUGUCCAGGAAUGUCAAUGGCUCUUAGAACAAUGUCUUUGGUGCUUGCGUCUCUUCUCUACUCCUUUGACUGGAAGGCUCAAAAGGGAGUCGUUGCUGAAAACAUGGACAUGACUGAUGCCUUCGGUGUUACCUUGCGGAAGGCCAAGCCUCUACGUGCCGUACCCACCAAAAGAUCUGUGCGGUCGUCUUUAUAAG